CGGGUGGUGUCGCGGGAACAACUAAAGACACUCAAAAUAAUCCGUUUCAACAAGUGUCCGUCCGGCAGAACUGGCGAAGUCCUAUCAUUCCUAUUCUUGCUCGCUGAUGGAGUUUACAGUAUCACUAUGUCUCGCCGGCUGACCAAGGAGGAGCUGGAUGAACAGUUUGAGCUCUUUUUAAAGGAGUCUAUUUCAGAUGACUCGCUGGAUUUGGGGAGUUCUGACAAGCAGCCUGGAGCAUCGACUAAAAGCAGUCAAAAAUCAACCCCGAAACAGACUGUGUCAUGGUGGCAAGAUGACGAUGACACCGGUGGAGGAACUGGGAGAGGACUCCUGGGAACUGGGAGGACAUUCAGAAAAUCCCUGAGGAAGUCGCAGCCAAUUCGAGAAGAGGAUGAAGAUCCUGUGGACAGUAAUGUGAAAGAUGUAUCUGCCGUCAUCAGAGACAAGUCAGAGACAGAGGAGUCGAUAUCAAGACCAGCUCUGAGCAUGACAAACAUGGGUAUGGACACUCUGGAGGAAGAAGAGGAGAAGGCACGCUUCUUUGCUGAGCUGGAGGCUGGAGCAUCGUCAACCAUAGAUUAUUCUAAACUAAACAGAGAACUGGACUCCACUACUUCUACCACUGGUACUAAUAUCAGGAAAGCUGAUGAAGCAGUGGAACAGAGCAGUGAUGAUCAAAGAAAGGGCAAAGACACAGGGACUGCCCGGGACUCUCCAGACUCUCCGCACUACAGUGAGGAUUUUGAAGAUGAUGGUGCUGGAAAUGAACCACAGGAGGAGAAGACAAAGAUUUCUCCGAUUCUGGCUAAAGUUUGUCUCAGUGAUUCUCUGGCCAACAGUGGUGGAGAUGACAGGACGAAGAACAUAGAAGGAUCACUGGACAGAGCUCAGUCCUACGGGCAGAGUGGAGGCUCAGACAUGGAGGCUCUUCAUGAGGCCUACAGGCAGAUCCAUGUUGUGGAGGACUCCGAUGGCCACAAUCCCCCAUAUUUAUCUUCAGAAGGCCGAGUGACGACCAACAGGCCUGUGUCUCCGUCUUCCCCUCCUCUGCCAUCCAGACACUCUCUUCAGCCUGUGUCUACUAACGAGUCAGAGCUGCCCACAGCAGAAGAACUGAUGAGACCCAUCCGACCAGAGGAUGACCACAUCAGAGGCUUCACCCUCCAGCCCGUCAGUGCUCUAGAAUACAAUCAGGACAAACCAGCUGAAUCCUUGCAAAGGACUUUCCUGCAGGAGUCUUCUCCAGAGCCACCACAGAAGGUUGACUCCUUUGCAGGAAUUAAGGGAUCAACAGGACAGACUAGCCACCCCUCCGGUUCCCAGGAUCCUCCCAACUAUGAGCUGACGUGGAGCAUCAGAGAGGAAGUGGAGAAGCUGAUGCAGGAUCAUAAAUCUUCUUCCAAAUCCCCUCCAAUCGGCAAAGCUAAGAAGCCACAAACCUCCCGUGCCUCCGUUUCCCAGCCACCCUCUAUGUCCUAUGGAAAGAAGCCGACUGUGGCUGCUGCGAGAGGCAGGACUGUGGAAACCAGGACGUCCUUGUCCACCAGGUCGUCAGGCUUCGGUGGAGCUGCUCCUCCUGCCAAGUCCCUGAAGCCUGUUGUCGCCCCUCAGCGCGGCGCCCGAUCCUCAAAGAGCCAAGGAAAAGACAGCUACUCAGCAGAGUCAGGUUUGAAGGUCAGCAAUGAGCUGGUGGCCUCUGUUCAGUCCUUAGUGGCUGUCCUCCAACAACAGAUCGACAGCAGCGGCCAUCAGGAGACCCCAGAGCUCCAACAAGUCAGAGGUCCUCAAGAAACCUCACCGACACGGCACUCUCCAAAUAAAAAUGAAGAGGACAGCUCUGUGGUGGCGGAGUUGAGAGUCCAGCUGGCCCAGAAGGAGAGGGAGGUGCAGAUGAUGAAGGAGGGAGCAGAGGAGCUCCACUCACUCAGACAGCAGAACUAUGUCCUGCAAAGCAAGUUACGAAGUGCAGAGGAAGCCAAUCAGAAGAAUAAAUGGGCAGAUGCCACGAAUGCUGCAAAGGAGGAGAAGUUCCAAAAGAUGGAUAAAGAAAUAAAAGAGCAGGAGACGCUCAUAAAGGGAUACCAGCAGGAGAACGAGAAGCUGUACUUGCAGAUGAAGACUCAGCACGCGAGCAGUAAGGCUAGUGAAGAGGCCAUGUUCAAUGAAAACCAGAGGCUGCUGAGUGAGCUGGCCUUCAUGAGGGAACAGCUGAAUAAAACUACAAGGCCUGUGGGAAAUGUCUGUUUAAUGGGUCAUACUCAGCGAAUCGCAGACUUGCUGUCUCAAAUAACAGCAUUUCAGAGAAAUGAGGCCAAGCUAUUAGAGGACAUUCACCAGCUGCAGCAACAAAAGCAGGCUCUCAACGUCGACCUUCAGCUAAUGAAGAAGGAGAGGGACCUGGCUAAAACCCAGGCCGCCUCUGCCUCAGGUGAUAAGACGUUUGAAGUGCGUGUGCUGGAGGAUAAGCACCGAGAGGAGGUGGCUUCCCUGAAGAAGAAGCUCCAGUGGUUUGCAGAGAACCAGGAGCUGCUGGACAGAGACACCGAUAGACUGAAGGCAGCUACAGCUGAGAUACACCAGCUCAAAGAACAGGUCGAGAAGCUGAAAAUGAAUGUGGGUAGAAGAAGCAGUGAGCAACAGAAAAAGUCCAAAGAGAAAGCAGCUGAAACUAAGAGAAUGCAGGAUCUGGAGAGGCAGGUCAAGGAGCUGGAGCACAUAUUGAGGAACAGAAAUCCAAACUCCCUGCCCGCUCUCAUCUUUGCUGCAGCUUCUGCAAGCGCUCAGGAGGGUACGGAUGCCGCGAAGGCACCUCCCCCCAGCCAGGUCACCGUCCUAUUGGAACGCAGGAUUCAGAGGCUGGAGGCGGAGCUGGAGAGUCACGAUGAAGAGUCCAAGCGUAGCCUACGGGCCAUGGAGCAACAGUUCCAGAGGAUCAAGCUUCGCUAUGAGCAGCAGAUCUCAGAGCUGGAGCAGCAGCUGGAACAGAAACAGCAGCUGGAAGCAGCAGCUGUUGUAUCGGCGACAGAGCCACAGACGACGUCACAGGUUCAGACUCUGAAGGAGGAGCUGCAGCGUGUGAAGGCAACCCACCAGCAGAAAGAAACGUCUUUACAGGACAAAAUCGAGUGUCUGCAGCAGCAGCUUCAACACAAGGCACAAGCGAGUCCUGGCAGACACCAGCGUCAAGCCGAGGCAGCGUUCGGUGUCCGCAUCGACCGUCUGAACCAAGAACUGUCUGCUAAGACCCGAACCAUUCAGGAGCUGAACCGCACAGUGGAGAGGCUUCAGAAGGAGAGGAGGUCCAUGCUGUGUGUCCCCAACGUAAGAGCAGAAGGGCGUUCCACAGAGAGCAGACGACCACCAGCCCCCACUAGGACGCCAGCUAACUCUAAUACAGCAGAGGCACCGGCCGGGGAGGAAACGUUUCCUGCUGCUCAGUAUGAGAAGACGUACCAGCCGACUGUAUUCACAGGGAGUCAUAUCUCAGAGGUUCUGCAGGAGAACGAGGCUCUGAAGCAGCACCUGGAGACGCUGCAGCUGCAAACUGAGCAGGAGAAGCAGACAUUAAAGGCAGAUGUGAUACAGGCCCAGGAUGAGCUGUGCAGGCUAAAGGAGGACUGCACAAAGCAGCUGAGCUCCAUGAAGGCAGAACAUCUCAGGGUGGAGAACCAACUACGAGCCACCUUCGCCCUCGAGCAUUCCUCCUCCAAGGUGGCAGAACUCACCAAUAAGAUCAACACUCAGGAGAUAUUGGUGCAACAUCUGCAAGAGCAACUGAAAGAGCUACAAGGAACCAAAAGUGCACUGGCAGUAUCCAGGACUCGAGAGGACGCUCUGGAGAAACAGCUGACCAGGCUGCUGCAGGAGUUGAAGGAAGCUAAAGAAGCUCAGAGCCCAGAGGUGAAACUCCUGUCCGGCAUCGAGAGGAAGAUCUGCAACAUGCAGCUCAGACACGAGCACAGAGAGAAGGAACUGCAGCAGGUGAUCGGCGGAUCGUGGCCUCCGCCGGAUGUCGAUCUCCAGUCGGAGGUGGAGCGCUGGAAACGUCUGGCUAAGGACAAGAGCAGAGAGGUGGAGGCUUUCCGUCUGGAGCUGGACUCCAUCCUGGACAUCCUGAGACAUCUGCAGAGGCAGGGGGUGGUCAUCCCAACGCCGCUGUAGCUCCACACAGAUGAUUUCACGCUCACAUGAGGACGUUUUCAGGAUCAGAACAGUAGCUUAUUUAAAUCAACAAUGGUUUCAUAAACCAGGGGUGUCAAACAUAUGGUCUGCGGGCCAAAACAGGCCUGCCAAAGGUUCCAAUCUGGCACAGAAUGAAUUUGUGAAGUGCUAAAAUUCACUAAAUCUCAUUUUGGUUCCACUUUCCAAACUUUUAACGAUAUUCUGCCUGUUACUGAAUGUUUUGUGCAGUUGUAGAUCCACUGUGAUCUG